ACUGGAAGGAACAUUGUGCUUUCCUCUUUGCCAAUGGAGUAUCUGACACAGUUUCUGGGAGCAAAAACUCUAAGUACUUCAAACAAAUCAGUGUUAUUUACAGAAAGGCAGGGUUGUUGUUUUUUUUCUCUGUAUCCUAGCAAGUUUGCCUACUUUGAUUCCAACUAAUAAUAAUGCCCCACUCCUGGUUCCAUAGAAGAAUGCUUUCUUCAUUUCAUGCCUUUUCAAGUUGGAGAAAGAAAAACCAACUGAUUCCAUUUUAAAAAUCUUUCCUAAUUUCCUAUAAGUUAAAAAAAAAAAAAGCAACAGUGCAUUGCGUUAACAUAACCUAACUUAACUUUGCCUGGCUUGCAUAAAGUUAUUCAUAGAUGUUUGGAAGUAUAAUAUGAGUUAGAAAAUUAGCAAUGGAAAUGGCUCAUCCUAGGAUAAUUAUUCUUAGUUGUCUGAAUUGAAAGUGUUCUCAGGCCUUAGCAACUCCCAUAUGGACACUUGCUUUCAUUCCUUUCCUGUUUUUUAUUCCAGAAGAGAAUGGAAGGGCUUCAGAGAAGCAGAUAUGGAACUAUGACUGAAGGCAGAGGGGAAGAUAACUGGUUUGCAACAUCGUCCUCACUGAGGAUCAUCCUGGUGGGCAAGACAGGCAGCGGGAAGAGUGCCACAGGGAACAGCAUCCUCUGCCAGCCAGUGUUCGAGUCCAAGCUGAGAAGCCAGCCUGUGACCAGAAAGUGCCAGGCAGAGACAGGGACCUGGGAUGGAAGGAACAUCCUGGUGGUUGACACACCCCCCAUCUUCGAGGCAGGGGCUCAGACCCAGGACACGUACAAGGACAUCGGGGAUUGCUACCUGCUCUCUGCCCCGGGGCCCCACGUGCUGCUGCUGGUGACCCAGCUGGGGCGCUUCACCGCCCAGGACAUGGUGGCGGUGAGGAGGGUGAUGGAGAUCUUCGGGGAAGAAGCCAUGAAAUACAUGGUGGUCCUCUUCACCCACAAGGAGGACUUGAUGGGCGAGUCCUUGGACAAUUACGUCGCAAACACGGACAACCAUAGCCUGAGGAGCGUGGUCCAGGAGUGCAGCAAGAGCAGUAAGAACAAAAAGGAUGAGAAACUAACCGUCACAGGAUGUCUGCAGGAAGGAAGGUGGUGGACUGUGAAGCUGUGCGGAUGUCCUACCUCUGGGCCCUAUUUUGUGCAACGAUGCUGUCGAGGGGAGACACGUGUUACAUUAAAAGCCGGUGGCAGAAUUCUCUAUUUUAUUCAGAAACAUGCUCUGAUUUCAUUGGAGUUGGUCAUAAAAGACGCCCAUCCCCAUCCCCACACCUUCGAGAGAGGAUGAUGAGGUUGUUGAGGGGACUUGGGGGGACUUUCCAAGGCAAGAAGAGGUCCGGGACGGAAUGCACAAGAGGGGUCUGGCAUGAUGAAGGAGAGAAAAGGGGUCACCACAGCGGGGUGGGGCUGAGCCUUAGGAAAAGCAGUCGCUGAGAAAUUCCAGUGACGGGGAAAUGAAGGAACUGUAAUGUCUUAAAGCAGGGGUUAUAUAUAGAUAGUGAAUAUUUUAGGCUUAAAAAUGGUCUAUAGUCUGCUCAGCUCUGCCCUGGCCGCCACAGGCAAUGCGAGGCUACAUUCCUAUAAAACUUAAUGAACAGGGACAUCUGAAUGUCAUGUAACUUUCCUAUGUGGCCAUGAAACAUAAUUCUUCCUUUUUUUUUUAAUUUUUUUAAUGUUUUUAUUUAUUUUUGAGAAAGAGAGAGAUAGAGCAUGAGCAGGGGAGGGGCAGAGUGAGAGGGAGACACAGAAUCUGAAGCAGGCUCCAGGCUCUGAGCUGUCAGCACAGAGCCCAACACGGGGCUCGAACUCACAGACUGUGAGAUCAUGACCUGAGCUGAAGUCGGAUGCUCAACCGACUGAGCCACCCAGGCGCCCCUAAUUCUUCCUUUGAUUUCUUCAACCAUUUUAAAAUGUGAAGGCUUCUCUUCCCUCACAGGACGUAUGAAACACACAGCAGGCCAGAGUGGGUCCAUCUUAUGGUAUAUUUCCUGUUGCUGGUCGAGCUGUGUUAUAAUGCAACAUCUUAACCUCAAACCCAGGAAAGGCCAGUUCAAUCAUGUGUGUUGUCCGUGGGACUUUGGGAAAAGGGUCGUGUCCAACUGUUCGAUGGUAGUAAAGAGAAGAGGGCAGACACUGGGGUGGAAUCUGAGCAGAGGUCAUGAAUUCAGCAGAAACAGGAAAUCAGAUGAGGGCGUGUCUGGUGGCUCCUCCCCUGCCAUCUUGUUGAUAGCUGCCCCUCCUUCUGUGCUCCUUUGUAGCUGUGAGGGACCUGCAGUCACCCUGGGCAGCCUGCAACUGGAUGUGGGGUGAGUCUCAGGAACUCGAUGUGACACCCAAGCAUCAUUCUCCAAGCCUGUAUUGGUAAUAAAGGUGCCAUAUUGAACCUUACAACUGUAUCACGUAACUGACUCCAGACAUGUUCCACGAGUGUUAAGUUUAAGCUCCUCAAGCCCUGGACACACUAAGGAACUUUGAGUUUUCAGGCCAAGGACCACCUCCUGAAGGCAGUAGUCCCAAUUUGGCCAGCCUUACUCGGUCUCUCCUUCCUUGAGUUAAUCUGGUCCAGCUCCACAUGCGUUUACUACGUGAGUACUGAGUGCCGGGUUCUAUGUGGGCACCAGGGAUAGAACAUAAACGGUACAUGGCUCCUGCUUCACGCACGUGACUGCGUGGUGGAAGGAUGAAAGGCACAUGGAAGUGGGUCUAAGGGAAAUUUACUGGAGAAAUAAGGUGUCCACCAAAAGGAGAGUACACAGGCUCCCUAGAUAGGCUGCCGUGCGCUGUCUAGGAACAUGCUGGCCUCUCUGGGCAGUCACUUUGGGUUGGGGGAGGCCACUGUCAAGGACGAAGAGGUGAAUCAACAUGCGGGAGGCUUGGGGCAGGGAGAGACAGGGCUGAGGGGGGUCCUGGGCAUCACCUCCAGGGCUCCAUGGCUGUCUCCUACAGAAAGGAAGUCACUGGAGGCUUUUAAAGAGCUUAGUAUAUUUUAAGAAGUUCCCGUAGCAGCAACGUGGUGGUUGGAUUAUAUAAAUGUAAGCCCGGGGGCAGGGACAACAUUUAGAAGAGAAGAUUUCCAUCUC